UUGUGCCGUGAAGGUUCACGUGCCAUUUUAAGUGACGUAGACAUAGUUAGCUAAUUGGACAGACUGAAAAGACGACCUUGGGUCAUUGGAUGUCUCAAAGCAUGAGCGUAUCUUCGGGCCUAGCAGCAAUGACCACGGGAGCAGAGCUCAGGGAGCGCGGCCUUGACACCGUCCAGCCGACACCGUCACCGCCUUCAGAGAAACUCAUGGAUAAGUGGAAAGCGCACUACCAGAAACGAAAGACCUACCAGCCCAGAUUCUAUCCAUACCUGCUCCGCUUCGGCCUUCCAUUUUGGUUCCUCAGCGCCAUGUGCGGGGGGUAUAUCAUCGGGGCCUUUUACGUUUCCCCCUUUUUGUAUUCAGAAUACGGACCGUCUGUGAACUUGUUUAACUUUUGCCUGCAGACGUUCAUGUUGGUGCAAAUACUUAUCAACUGGUUUUUCGUAAAGACUGUGACGUCAUUCUAUAGGCCCAGUGACGUAGAAUGUGCAGGGAAUGAUGUAACAGUUUUAGAAACGCCCGUCCACCUAGGACCAGCAAAGAAGUGGGAGAAAUUGGACAAAGAGAAGAGGAAAUAUCUAGUCAUCGUACAAAUAGGAAAUAGGCAGGAAUUGUUUCCAUAUUGGGGCCCGAGACCGUGUCCACGUUGUAAUCGCCCGCGCCCGCCUCGGGCUCACCACUGCCCUAUAUGUAAUGGGUGCAUUUUAAAACGAGACCACCACUGUUACUUUACAGGGAGUUGUGUCGGACUCAGAAAUCAGAGGCAUUUUAUCAUGCUAGCGGCCUGGUCUUUUGUGACCUUACUAUAUUCUUUCAUUCACGUCCUAAUUUACAUUCCAUAUUUAGUAGAAGAUAUUUCUUACUGGGACCUCAAUAUCGUUGUGGCACUGAUCAGGUUUAUUUUCAGAUAUAUAAGUUUGUAUAAACUCAUAGAGAUAUCGUUAAUUUACUCUAUGAUGAUAAUAGGCUUUCUGGCUGGCGGAUUUCUGAACGAACAAGUAAGGAUAGUACGUAAAGGCAUAUCACAAUACGAGUACGCAUUUGACUUGAAAGUGAUCAACAGAAACUCUACAUCACGCAAUAUCCAAUCCGUCUUCGGUGACUACUGGGCCAUAAAUUUACUAUUCCCUGCCCAUUGGCUGUUUCCCAACGAUAUAGAUGAUGGUGUUUCGUGGCCAGGCGUAAAAGUAGACACCCCGGAUCUAACUGAUUUCUGCGCCGGUGAGGAGAGCUCGGGGACUGUGAUUUGA